AUCUAAAGAAUGGGUCUCAAAGAUUACCAAGUUUGUUCUUUUGAAGUAUUUUAAACGAUCUUUGUAAAGCAUCUUCAAGCAGUCUUGCGGUUCAACUUUUUAAGGACUCUUCAUGAUUGCUUCAGGAAAAAACGCGCUGCUUUGGACUUAGAGAACAAUCUCAAGCCCUUUAUUCAAUUUCCUACUAUUUACAAUUUAGACCAUGUCUGGGCUGAUCGAACACAUUGUAAACUGGUUCAAAACUGCCAGCGACUUCGCCCACCACACGAUAGUGUUAGGUCUGUCUCUCUCAUCGGUGCCUGUGGUUAACUAUCUCUCCCCCUCUGUCAUAACUUCCCUCUGUUUGGGAUCAGUGGGAGUGCAAUUGGGAAAACAGUUGUGGGUGGCUAAUGUUGCAGGGCCUACGAUGCGUCUGAACAUGGAAAAAAAAGAUUUCUCUGAAAUUUCUGCUCGACUGUUCCCGAAGUUCGGAAUGGUCGCCAUCUUCUCUGGAACGGUCGCUCUCGCCGCAUACAAUGCUCUGCAUCCUACUCCAGAUAUUCUAACUUACCUUCUCUCUGCGUCACUGGCGUCUCACUUGCUGCAAAGCUACCUGAUUUUCCCCUACGUCAGUAAACAACAGGUUCUUCUUCGUAAGUUUGAAGAAGGAAGCGCGGAAAGGAAGAAAGCAGCAAUGAGAUUUGGAAUUUCACAUGGGAUUAGUGUGCUGAUUGCGUACGGAGUAAUUGGGGCCAAUUUGUACUUUUUCUACAAAACUGGACAACAUAUCCAAUGGAAGCAGCAGUGAUGUCAGUUCAAGCUUGAAUCAACUGGAAAUUUCUAAUUAAUGACGGUCUUCAAAUAUGUAAUUAAUGAGUUUGUCUUCAAAUAUAUUUGAAAAUGAAAUAAAAGGCUGCAUUAUUUUUAAAAAAAUAAAAGGAUGCAAUAUUUUAAAAUGAAAUAAAAGUCUCCCUUAAUACAAA